AUAGCGUAGCCACACGGAACGUCUUCUAGCAGCUCCAUCCAGUUUAUCACUAUAUCUUCUGCACGUGGGGAAGCUACCCUGGUGGAAUAUCUUGGUGUUGGAAAGAGGCUGACGGAAAACUGGAGGAGUCGAGUGACAAUGUGGGGAGCUAUGCGAAGACGGCUAAAGCGCCAAGUGCCAACCAUAUGCCAAGUUGCACGUUGCAGCGCACGUUGCGUAAUGGCGGAACGAGAUUUGGAGGUUGGGGAUGGCUGGCGACGAACCGAUGGUGUACCUGCCGAGCUGAGCUUGAGGUUCUCUCGGCGGAUCCUUCUGUACGUCACCAUAUUGAGUUUCUCAGCCGAGAUCUCUUCCUCCAGCAGACGAUAGAAAUUUUGGCCGCAUAACGUGCCAUUGUUGCUCGUGUG